UAGAAGUAAUUGCUCUAUGGUUUGAACAUAAACAAGUGGAGCAACUGAUCGGAGUGAGUCGGCCUUUUUGCAAUUUGUAUUUUUUUCAGUUGAACUUGAAAUCGCGUUUCAUAAUCCAAAUGGAUAUUUUAAAGUGACUUGCAGCUGUCUUGCCACAAUGGUCUUCAAGAAAAGUGAGUAUCGCAAACAGUACAGGGAUCCGGAAUGGGACGCCCACUUCCCACACUAUCAGGAGAAAGUGGACUACCGCGUCAGUCGCCGAAGGCUGGAACAUCACCACCAGAUCUUCGACUGGGACUGGGACAGUGAAAAUGGUAACAGCGAGGAGAACGGGAGGAGGGGCAGCCCCAGGCCGGCUACGGCACCCAACAGGAACAACAGCCAGGCCAGGCAAGGACGGAGGGCCAAGGAGAGGCACGUGGAGGUCUCAGAUCGGGAGGUGCAGACUCCUGAAUGGUCCAAGAUGAGAGGCGGUCCGUCCAAGGAUCCCAUUGGGUGGGUCGCGGGGGAAAACUUGGCAUCUUCUCCAGUGCUAGAUGAGAAACAGAUGCACAAAGGUCACAUGGGCCAAACUAAAGAUUCUCGACCUACUAAGAAACACAAGGCUUCCGGUAGGCAGCCAUCUAGAGACAGGCGACGGGCAAGGCCCAGCACGGCACCAGCAGAGAGGGUGGAUGCAAAGCAAGAGGUACAGGAACAACCACCCAUGGUGGCCUAUGGCUGGGCAGACCAAGAACUAACCACUGGGUCCAAGAAGACGCAUAACAUCAGGGCCUCUGCUGAUCCUCUACAGAUUUACCCAUCAGCCCUGCGAGCCAUGCGACGCAGAGAGUUAGACAUACAGCGGCAGACAGAGAGGGACAGACAGCACAACCUGAGGGAGCAGAAACUGAAGGCAAUGUUCAACAUGCAGCCCCGCGACGACACAGUGUGGCUGACGGAGUACCAGCGAAACUUUGCGGGGCCAGCCGAGCUGAGGUAGCAAACCGUGUACAUAUCAGUGGUAUAGGGUCUGAUGGUUUGACGCCGAAGUGCCACGUGAUCAUCCGGUUUCCCCGAACUGGAAAAGUAGCCAUGUUGAAAAAGGAUCCCUCCACAACAUGGCUAAAUAGCGCCACUUUCAGACCCUAUUGCAUCCAAAAUGCGCAGAUUUGGAAGCCCAAUCCAGGCCAGAGGUGAAGUGCCAUAUGUCUUAAAUCCCCCCCCCCCCCCAUUCCAUGGCUCUCAGAACUGUCUCAUGUAGAAUAAUUUGAGUGUAUAACUUUUAUUCAUGAGCUUGGUGGACGGAUUUUCGGCCUAUUGACUGGGGUGGUCCCUAUAGCUAGUUGGGGUGUAACAGAAAUAUACUCACACUAUAUUAUUAGUGACUACAAAUUCUAGUCAGCUGUAAAUAUCUUUGUGCUCAAAUUCCAAUAGCUUGACAAGCACAGGUGCACACAAAUGCUGAUUGGGCGCCAGUUGAGGCUAGUGUAUGUUCAACUUGAUCAAUGCAUUUCGAAAUCAAAUAUUAAAAUAUUCGAUCAAGUCUAAUCUAGAAUAAUCGAAUACACAAAAUUAUUCGAAAAUGCAGAGCCCUAGCCCUCAUUUGCUAAACUAUAUAUCCUGGGGCCCGUCUCAAUUCACAUCCAGGACGAGUUCCGGACAAGUUGUGGGUAGAAUCAUUCACUUUGUCUGGAAGAAGCUCUGCAUUUGUC